GGUUUCCAUAUCCACGAAUAAUAACCUCUCUUUCUCGAAAUGCAUCACCCACCCACCCACACACACAUCUCUAUAUCGAUCAAAAUUUGUUGAUCAAAAAUGAACACCGGACCAGGUCUUUUCUCCGACAUCGGCAAAAAAGCCAAAGAUUUGUUAACCAGGGAUUACCUAACCGAUCAGAAAUUUUCUGUUUCCACCACCAGUGUUACCGGUGUUGCACUAACUUCUUCCGCAACAAAGAAGGGUGGUCUGUCAACUGGAGAUGUGGGAGCAGUAUACAAAUACAAUAAUAUAUUGGUUGAUGUUAAAGUUGACACAGACUCAAAGAUUGCUACAACAUUGACUUUCACAGAGCUUGUACCCUCAACAAAGACCAUUGCAUCAUUCAAAGUGCCUGAUUUCAAUUCCGGAAAGAUUGAUAUUCAGUACUUCCAUAGUCAUGCAACUUUUACAUCAGCCGUUGCAUUGAACCAAACUCCAACUGUUGAUAUUUCAGCUACUAUUGGUACUCCCACAUUUGUUAUUGGUGCAGAAGCAGGUUACGAACCGUCUUCUGGAAGAUUGACCAAGUACAAUGCUGGGAUUAGCGUUAAUAAACCAGAUUCCAGUGCUUCCAUAAUCUUGGGUGACAAAGGAGACACAAUCAAGGCAUCAUAUAUACACCAUCUGGACGAUUUAAAAAAGACUGCUGCUGUAGGAGAGAUUACUAGACGGUUCUCAUUAAAUGAGAACAUUUUCACAGUUGGUGGGUCUUAUGCCGUUGAUAGUUUGACCGUGGUUAAGGCUAGGCUCAACAAUCAAGGAAAGUUGGGUGCGCUCUUGCAGCAUGAGAUUAUUCCCAAGUCUCUUGUGACUUUGUCUAGUGAGUUGGACACCAAAGCCUUGGACAAAACUCCCAAGUUUGGUUUGGCUCUCGCACUCAAACCUUGAUCAGAAUUCAGAAGCAGUAACCUGUGAAUUCAUUUACUUUCUUGUUGAUCAAAUGAAAUGAGAUUUUUCAACUGUAUUUUUUUGUCCCUACAACCCAUCUUAAGGGAGCAUUCAGUCAAUAAGCAGUCAUUGCGUUAUACA